UGCUUUGUUUUCAUUGUCGCCCCUCUGAUCAUGGCUGCUCAUUCUACCGAAGAACCGUUCCCUUUCCACGGGCUGCUCCCCAAAAAAGAAACCGGCGCCGCCUCUUACCUCACCAGGUUCCCCGAGUACGAUGGACGAGGAGUGCUCAUCGCUAUCCUCGACACCGGGGUGGACCCCGGGGCCCCCGGCAUGCAGGUCACAACCGAGGGGAAGCCAAAGAUCAUUGAUAUCAUCGAUACAACAGGCAGCGGUGAUGUGAACAUGACCACAGUUGUAGAACCUAAAGAUGGGACAAUCACAGGCCUCUCUGGUAGAAUACUUAAGAUCCCUCCUGGCUGGGUCAAUCCAUCAGGGAAGUAUCGCAUUGGAGUUAAAAAUGGCUAUGAGUUCUUCCCUAAGGCUCUUAAAGAAAGAAUACAGAAAGAGCGAAAGGAGAAGUUGUGGGACCCACCACACAGAGCAGCACUUGCUGAGGUUUCUCGCAAGACAGAAGAGUUUGACCUCUCUCACCCAACACCCUCACAGAUGGAGAAGUUGCAGAAAGAAGAGCUUCAGAGUCAGUCAGAGCUGCUGGCAUCACUGGAAAAGAAGUACAGUGAUCCUGGUCCUGUAUAUGACUGUGUGCUUUGGCAUGAUGGCAUCACAUGGAGAGCUGUAGUGGACACUUCAGAGUGUGGAGAGCUGUCCCAGUGCACUGUGCUGUGCUCCUACAGAGAGACACAAGAGUAUGCCACAUUAGGAAAUGCUGAGAUGCUUAACUAUUCUGUUAAUAUUUAUGAUGAAGGAAACACACUCUGCAUCGUCACCAGCGGAGGGGCUCACGGGACACAUGUGGCAAGCAUUGCAGCAGGUUACUUCCCAGAGGAACCAGAGCGCAAUGGUGUGGCCCCUGGUGCCCAGAUCCUGGCUCUGAAGAUUGGAGACACCCGUCUCAGCACCAUGGAAACAGGCACAGGACUCAUCCGUGCGAUGAUUGAAGUGAUCAACUACAAGUGUGACCUGGUUAACUAUAGUUAUGGGGAAGCCACCCACUGGCCAAAUUCGGGGAGGAUUUGUGAGGUCAUCACAGAGGCUGUCCAGAAGCACAAUGUGAUUUUUGUCUCAAGUGCAGGAAACAACGGCCCUUGCCUCUCCACAGUUGGCUGCCCAGGGGGAACCACCAGCAGUGUCAUAGGUGUUGGAGCGUAUGUGACCCCAGACAUGAUGGUGGCAGAGUAUUCCCUGAGGGAGAAACUGCCUCCCAAUCAGUACACCUGGUCGUCCAGGGGCCCCAGUACAGACGGGGCCCUGGGGGUCAGCAUCAGUGCCCCUGGUGGUGCCAUUGCAUCUGUACCCAACUGGACUCUUCGUGGUACCCAGCUAAUGAACGGCACAUCCAUGUCGUCCCCUAAUGCCUGUGGAGGCAUCGCACUAAUCCUCUCAGGACUGAAACAGAGCGGGAUCCGUCCCUCUGUUCCUGCGGUGAGGAGAGCCCUGGAAAACACAGCUCUGAAGGUUGAUGACAUUGAGGUGUUUGCACAGGGCCAUGGAAUAAUCCAGGUGGACAGGGCAUUAGACUACCUCACUCAACACGCCUCUUUACCCACAAGCCACCUUGGAUUUUCUGUAAGCGUGGGGACACAGAGAGGCAUCUACCUCAGGGACCCAAACCAAGUUCUUGCACCCUCAGAUCAUGGAGUAGGAAUUGAACCCAUCUUCCCAGAGAACACAGAAAACUCUGAGAGAAUCUCCUUGCAGCUACACUUGGCGCUUACAUGUGCCGCCCCAUGGGUCCAGUGCCCCUCCCAUUUGGAGCUGAUGAACCAGUGUCGUCAUGUUAACGUCCGCAUUGAUCCUGUGGGACUGAGAGAGGGAGUGCACUACACAGAGGUGUGUGGGUAUGAUACAGCAGCGCCAAGCUGUGGUCCACUGUUCAGAGUUCCAAUCACAGUUAUUAUCCCUGCCAAAGUCACAGAUGGUCGGAAUCAGGAGUUGUGUUUUACAGACAUCCACUUCAGACCAGGCCAGAUCAGACGCCACUUCAUCAAUGUUCCUCAGGGAGCCUCCUGGGCAGAGAUCACACUGACCUCUCAUUCGGGAGAUGUGUCGUCAAAGUUUGUUCUCCAUGCAGUGCACCUGGUCAAACAGAAAGCAUACAGAGCUAAUGAAUUCUACAAGUUCUCUUCACUAUUGGAACGAGGCUCACUGACUGAAGCAUUUCCUGUGCUGUCAGGCAGGAUAGUAGAGCUGUGCAUUGCGCGCUGGUGGGCGAGCCUGGGCGACGUCACGGUGGACUACAGCAUCUCGUUCCAUGGACUCAACACUUCUCCUUCUCCCCUGCACAUACAUGCUUCAGAGGGGGUGACGAGUUUUGAUGUGUCGUCGCCUCUGAGAUACGAGGAGGUGUCCCCCACUAUUACCCUCAAGUCCUGGGUUCAGCCCCUCAGACCCUUAAGUUCAAAGAUAAAAGCCUUGGGAGCGAGGGAUGUUCUCCCCAAUAACAGACAACUCUACGAGAUUGUCCUCACCUACAGCUUUCACCAGCCUAAGAGUGGAGAGGUUACCCCCAGCUGCCCCACCCUGUGUGAGCUGCUGUACGAGUCUGAGUUUGACAGUCAGCUGUGGUUGUUGUUUGAUCAGAACAAAAGACUGUUGGGCUCAGGGGACGCCUACCCACACCAGUAUUCCCUGAAGCUGGAAAAGGGGGACUACACACUGCGUCUGCAGGUCCGCCACGAGCAGUCCAGUGAGCUGGAGCGCCUGAAGGACCUACCAUUUGUGGUCUCUCACCGUCUAUCCACCACUCUCAGUCUAGAUGUCUAUGAGACUCAUCGAGCUGCCCUCAUGGCCAAAAAGAAGGCGAACUCUGUCACCCUGUGCCCGGGUGCCACUCAGCCUUUCUAUGUCACAGCCCUGCCAGACGACAAGAUCCCUAAGGGGACGAGUCCAGGGUGCUAUCUCUCAGGCUCUCUCGUUGUCCCCAAGAGCGAGUAUGGCAAGAAAGCAGGGCAGGCCUCUGCAAAACGUCAAGGAAAGUUUAAAAAGGAUAUUGUACCAGUCAUCUACCAUUUAAUUCCUGCUCCCAAUAAAACAAAGAAUGGAGGGAAGGAGAAGGACAAGGAAGGAGACAAAGAAAAAGACGUGAAAGAGGAGUUUGCAGAAGCCAUGCGAGACCUGAAGAUUCAGUGGAUGACAAAGUUGGACUCCAGCUCCAUCUAUGAUGAACUGAUGGAAAACUACUCAGAUUACCUUCCACUGCAUGUGCAAAGACUGCACCAGCUGGACUCAGAAAAGGAGCGUGUCAAACGUCUCAAGGAGGUGGUAUCAGCAGCUGACAUCGUCAUCUCCCACAUCGACCAGACGGCCUUAGCUGUUUACUUCACCAUGAAGACAGACCCUCGGCCUGAUGCCUCUGCUAUCAAGAGUGACAUGGAGAAGCAGAAGUCAUCUCUGCUGGAUUCUCUGUGUAGGAAGGGCUGUGCUCUGGCUGACCAGCUCCUGCUGCCCCCCGCGCCACAGGAUGCUGCUGGUGCUGUCGCGACAGGACAAGCAGCAGCACCAGCAGAGGAGGAGGCUGGUGAGCAGGUGGCAAGCAGUUCUGACGACAACCUGAACAACGUGGCUAAAGCUCUGACUGAUACGUUUUGGGAGGUGCAGAAGUGGGCAGAGCUAACUGACUCCAAGGUGUUGAUGUUUUCAUAUAAACACGCUCUGGUGAACAAGAUGUACAGCCGAGCCUUAAAAUACGCCUCAAAGAUGGUGGAGGAGAAGCCCAGCAAAGAGAACAUGAAGAACUGUAUCCAGCUUAUGCGACACCUCCGGUGGACACACUGCGCUACCUUCAGUGAGAACUGGCUCCCUGUCAUGUACCCUGCCGACUACACACCUUUCUAGGCACUCACACACACACACAUAUACAUGCAUGAGCAGCAUGGCCAUACAUGGUCCAUUACAUGGUAAGUUGGAUAUCAUGUCCCUCAGGGUCACGUGGUCUAUGCAUCUGACCAACCAGCUGCCUCCUGAGAAUUUCUUUCAGUUUUUCAUAUUCAGACGUAGGCGAACACCAAAAUGAAGGAUAACGCUGUGUGUAAACAGCUUGGUUCACUCGACACCUCAUAAGGCAAGGGAUCAAGUUCAUCCUGCGAUCGUGAGCCAUUCAAACCAGAGGUCGUUUAAAUGUCUUGUUGAACAUCACAGCUCUGCCUACCAUGUAGCGAGGCUGCCUCAGCUGUUUGUUUGAAUAUCAUCAACAAAAAAAUGGUAAAAAAAAAUUAUUUUAAGGCUCAAAAUUCCUUGCGAGGCUUGUUGAUACUGUAGCUCAGUGAUAUGGUAAUUAGGUGUGUUGUCCUUAAUUUUGGUGUUGUCUACACAUUUGGAGGCUUCCACAUCCACCCACCCUCAUCAGCUGUCCAGGCUCCACGUAAUAUUAAUAACCUCAUUGUCUCAUGUAAAUACUGUAAAGGGCCAGUGUGGACUCCAGGGAUGCAUCCCAAGUCUUUAAAAAAAAAACUGUGACCCUAUGUAGUCACUUAAAAAAAAAACAACAGAAUGAUACUCCAGUGAGAAGACGGGAGGACUCGCUGCUGCACGAUGUUCGGACAUAUUACGGCAGGCAGAGAUUUCUGAUCCCUGAUUUGAAAGGGAGGUUCAGAGAGAACUUCAAAUCUUUUCUCUUUUUUUUUGAUCGUCAUGGCCAUGGCGAUGAAGUUAACGUUUAGUCUUGUCUGUCUUUAGGCUCUGAUUCACGUACACAGUCUCAGCACACACAGCAGUGCUGAGGUGCCUUUCUACUCGUACCUUACCUUUUCUGAUGGGAUGAUAGACGAAGUGCGAGGGUUCUGGCCACAGGAAGCUGCAGAAUCAGUAGCGUCAGUCAGCACUCAGCCACUAGCAGUGAUUUCACCCAUCAGCCUUUGGUGUCAAAUGUGGUUUUAAAGCUCAUAUCAGCAGUGUGAUGUGUCUGUGCACUGUAUGCGAGCCGUCAGUGACACACAAACACACUUUCUUGCCUUCUCCUUACCUCCAGAGGUGUUGGCUACCCACCUCACGCUGCUGUUACCUGAGCGGCACGUUUGACGGCCAUCAAACAGACCUCACUAACAUAACAGAUGCAGUUGUAGGCAGCAGUAGGAUGUCCAGAUCAGAUUUCAAUGUAAAAUGUUCACACAGUAGUGGAGAUGUUUCUCAGCAGCAUUCAAAAUGUUGCAUUUGUACACAGAGUCAUAAAGUAAUGUACAUACACGCAUAACAUGAAAAAUAUUAAGAUGCAAUAGGUAUAUAAUACAAAUAUUAUUCUUAUUGAUGUAUUUUGCAUAUAUGCAUGUCUUCUAGGAUGUAAGCAAAAAUAGUUUUAUUUGGAAGCAGAUUUUAGUUUGUUUCAAUUUGAGAGAUUUUUAAUCCGAAACAAGAUUUUGACAAUAUCCUCUUUCUGAGUGUGUGUUUGUGAAUGAUUUUAUGUGUACUUGUGAGUAUAUUUUGUGUACAUGAACAGAACUGAAAUGAUAGCAAUUUAGAGCGGGGUAAAGCAUGAGCAUUUUUUUUUUUUUCACAUGCUGUAUUUACUUGAAAGGACCAUGCCAGUGGUUUUGAAUGUUUGAUGUGAUUUACUACAAAUCAUGUAUACUUUACAUCACAGCUAACCAUUGUGCUUUUUAGGAUAAUUUAGAUUUUUGAUGAUAUUCUUCCAGGAAGUCAUUGGUUUUCAUUGAUUUCCUUCCAUAGGUAACACUGAGUCUUCAAUAAAUCAAAAUUUUCAUCUUUUUACAACAGUGAGUGAUGGGGUCCAAUGUGAACACACAAUUUUCUGGCAAAGUUUUCAUCGUUUCACAUGAGAGAUAUGUCUGUGCUGUUUUGUCUGAGCUUUUUUCGCUGGUUUGAGGCAGUACAGGCAUAUUUCUGUGCCCCAAUCAGGAUUUAGCAACUUAUGAGUCAAAAUCAGUUUGGCAUGUUGUUUGGUAAAUCAACUUGCAGAAUCAGAGACAUUAUCUUCUUUGUCAAAACCUGGCACCUACAUUACCCACAAUGCAACUCAACUGCUAAUAGCAUUUGUAUUUAGACUGGAGCUGCUAGCCUUAAGCAGAGGAGAAAAAAAAUGUAUACAUUAUUUCAUUUUCAAACAGCGUCAGUCAGUUCAAACUUGCUGAAGUUCCCCUUUGAGCAAGUUUGUAGAAUUUACCAUUUCUUUUCAGUGUCAUAGGGAAAUUAAUGGGAGACAAUAACUAUAUGGAAUGGUUUUAAAAAUACAAAACUUAACAGCAUACAUAAUGGCCAUAAAUGGCCAGUAAAAAUGUAUACAUGAUUUUUAGUUAAGGAGCUAAAACUUGAAAAAAAAAAAAACUGGUAUGGUCCUUAAAAAGAUCUCACCUGAUUCAUGUAACAAA